AUGGCGCCGCGGCCGCUGGGCCCCUUAGUGCUGGCGCUGGGCGGCGCCGCGGCCGUGCUCGGCUCGGUGCUCUUCAUCCUCUGGAAGGCCUACUUCGGACGCGGACGGGAGCGACGCUGGGACCGGGGCGAGGCCUGGUGGGGCGCGGAGCCUGCCCGCCUCCCCGAGUGGGACGAGUGGGACCCCGAGGACGAGGAGGACGAGGAGCCGGCGCUGGAGGAGCUGGAGCAGCGCGAGGUGCUGGUGCUGGGGCUGGAUGGCUCGGGGAAGAGCACGUUCCUGCGCGUGCUGUCGGGGAAGCCACCGCUGGAGGGCCACAUCCCCACCUGGGGUUUCAACUCCGUGCGGCUGCCCACCAGGAACUUCGAAGUGGACCUGCUAGAGAUCGGUGGCAGCCAGAACCUACGCUUCUACUGGAAGGAGUUUGUGAAUGAGGUGGAUGUGCUGGUGUUUGUGGUGGACUCGGCUGACAGGCUGCGGAUGCCAUGGGCCCGACAGGAGCUUCACAAGCUGCUGGACAAGGACCCUGACCUGCCUGUCGUCGUGGUGGCCAACAAGCAGGACCUGAGUGAAGCCAUGAGCAUGGUGGAGCUGCAGCAGGAGCUGGGCUUGCAGGCUAUCGAUAGCCAGCGGGAGAUUUUCCUCUUGGCGGCCAGCAUUGCCCCUGCUGGACCUGGUUUUGAAGAUCCUGGCACCGUGCACAUCUGGAAACUGCUCUUGGAGCUUCUCUCCUAGGCUUGCUGCCCAGCCCUGGGGACUACAGCUCUGCUGCUGCUCCUACUUCUUCAUUGCCAGCCUGCACCUGGGGCAGGAGCCAUGUGUCAGCACUUCCCUUCUCCCAUCCUUGCCCUCUCAAGAGCAGGGCCCAGGAAAGGCCAAGAACUGUGCAGAAGCCUUCCUGGUGAAGUGGCCGUGAAGCUGAAGCAGGGAGGUGGGUGAGGCAGGGAGUGGAAGAGAAUAGUGUCUGGCUCAUUCCAGCCUGGAAUGUGGAUCGAUCCAGCUUUCCCUUG